UGUAACAUUCCAGGCAUUUUCAGUGUGAGCGGUAAUUGCUUUCUCUCUAAGUUUGGCUGUGUGGUGUGCAUUUUGUGAAUCCUUCCUACACCCACAAUUAGCAAAUGAGGUUCAGCUUUCCUACUGUGAUCUCAUCUUGUGAGGUACAGACCAGGAAUCUCUUCUUUAUCUGUCUUAAGGUUUUGAACAUGGCGUGCAAAAGAUGUUUCUGUUUGUUGUAUGUGGUUAUAACUCUGAAUGCAAUCAGUGGCUUGAAGUUGGAAGAGAAUCUUCCUGAAGAUUUUGAAAACAGGGAUCUUAGCAAGGCCAUUUUGGAGAUGCUUCACAUCAAUAAGCUGUCGGUCCCUCAGCAAGCAAAGCCACAUCCGUAUAUGAAGCAAAUUUACCAUCUACUGAGUACACAGGAGUCGAGGAUGAGAAGUGAUUCAGAUGGGACUCUGGUGCAGAGUUUCCGUAGUGUACAAGGCACAAAAUAUAGCAAACCUGGUUGGAUCUGGUUCAACUUGUCAUACUUGCAGCCCUCUAUGACUGUUGCCGAGUUGAUCUUACUGAGAAAAACCCUACACCCUGAACCACUUACAGUAACCGUGGCUGUACACAGCCUCUCAUUUGGAGCAGGAAACCUGAGCAUAAGUGGCCCCCUCACUGAGCACCUGCUCACCCUGGACCAGCUUCCCCCAUCAGGCUAUGAUGUGUUCAAUGUGACAGCGUCUCUACCUCAUCACAUCCAUGGACCACACAUCCUGGGCUUCCAGCUGCGCUUUAGGGAUGAAAGUGGCAGCCUGGUGCUCCAUGAGGCCCUAACUCAGAGCUUGUACUGCUUAAACACAAGCUCUCUAAGCCAACCUCUGCUGGUGACCUACAAGGUGAAACCAACAGAGCGGCCGAUCUUUGAGCGCAGGCAGAGGCAGUACUGUGGAGAAAGCACUCAUCUGCUAAAACAGCAUCCACAGCUGAGACAGCAAAGAAGCACAAAUGACACAACCUGUAAGCUUUAUGAACGUCUUGUUGAAAUAAAUAAAACUGAACUGAGUCAAUGGAUACUACAGCCAACUGCAUUUAACAUCAGCUUCUGCAGGGGUUUGUGCAUGGAGGAACAGGCAAAUCAUUCGCUGGCUGAUCAGGAAACGAAGGAUAAGAACUUGGAAAAUAACAAAAGUUCACACUGCACCUCACAGGAGACGUCUCCUCUCACGGUGAUGUAUCGGAGCGCCACAAAUGACAUCAUCAUAAAGCAGUUAAGAGAUAUCAGGGCACAAAGAUGUGUUUGCUCAGACAAUAUUAGAUCAAGUAUUAAUGGGUGAAAUAAAACAUUAACGUCUACUAAUGCCAAGCUAAUGUUUUGGCAGAGAGGGUGUGAUUGUAAUUCUAUGACCUAACACAGCCAUAAAAGUUAUGGCACUGUAAAAUAUAACCCAUUAACAGAUAAAGUAAGAAUUAUAAGUUAGCUGAAGUCGUUUAACUCAUUAAUAAGACUUGCUCAUGAGUUAUUAAGAUAAUAUUAUUAUUAAGACAAUGAUAACUAAUACCAAAUAUAAUCACCCAAUACUUGUUUAUGGUUCCAUGUUCUGGCCAAAUGAAUUUACCUCAAUUAUUAUGAUCUCUUUUAAGAAUGAGUCAAAUGGGCAAUGCAUCUGGUUACAAUAACAAGAUGCUGAAAUCCAUCAAGCUGUUCACUGGGGACUGAACACUUUAUGUGACAUAAUAUGAAUGGUUCAACAUUAGGGUCUUCAUAAAAUAUGCAAAAACAUUGCAUAAAAAUAUUUUAUAGUCUCAUCAAAACUCAAUAAAUAACAUUAAGGUAAUUAUGUGACCUGGAAUAGAGAAAAGAGAACCACCCUUAAUGACCAUUCAACCAUUUCAUGAUACUCAGAUUUGUAAGGAGGUAUAUAAUGAGUAUACAAAGAUGAAGAAGAUAUCAUACAAAUAUUUACAAAAAUAGCAUCUGCUUUUGUUUUAAACAUUAUAUUUUUUAACAGCGGAUUCUGAGAGGGUUAAAUUCCAAGUAAAGAUGUAUAACUGUUGUCUUAUGUAGCUCUGUGUCUUUAUGUAGCACCAUGGUCCAGGAGGAAAGUUGUUUCAUUUUAUUGUGUACUGUAUCAGCUAUAUAUGGUUAAAAUGACAAUAAAAGC